GGCCUGGGAGCAGAGCCACACAGAGGAGAGGGCUGAGCAGGCGGCUCACACAGAGGAGCUGUAUGGGGAGAGCUGCCCGGGCCAGAUAAGCGCAACACAAAGAGCUGGUUAAGUGGUUUACAAACUCUCGGAGGAACAAUUCAGGUGCAUAAAGUGCUUUACACUGGGAAUCCAGGAGCAGCUUUUUAUUCUACUGCGGAACAGGAAGUCAUGUGUGCAAAUGAGAAUCUUCCCCUGAAAUGAGCAAAGGGGAACCCCACAAUAACAACUACAAACAGAAAAUGGGGGAGCGCAGAAGAGCGAACGCGUCCCGGGGGGACAAGAAAGUGGCCAAUGGAGAAAAGCCACACGUGGGCCAGUGGGGCAGAGCCUGGGAAGUGGAUUACUUCUCAUUGGCUGCCGUCCUGUUCCUAUUGGCCUUCGCCCCGCUGAUCGUCUACUACUUUGUCAUGUCAUGUGAUCAGUACCAGUGCGCGCUCACCGCCCCCGUGCUGGACCUGUACUGGGGCAAAGCGCAGCUGUCCGACAUCUGGGACAAGACCCCCGCGCUGACCUGGGGGGCCGCCAAGAUCUACAUAGUGUGGGUCUCCUUCCAGGUGUUCCUGUACAUGUUGGUCCCUGACAUCUUACAUAAGUUUGUGCCCGGCUAUGAGGGAGGAGUGCAGGAAGGAGCGAGGACCCCUGCUGGCUUGAUCAACAAGUACCAAGUGAACGGGCUGCAGGCCUGGACCAUCACCCACCUCCUCUGGUUCGCCAACGCCUACCACUUCCACUGGUUCUCCCCGACCAUCAUCAUCGACAACUGGGUCCCGCUGCUGUGGUGCGCCAAUCUCCUGGGCUAUUCCGUCGCCACCUUCGCGCUGCUGAAGGCCUACUUCUUCCCCACCAAUGCCCACGACUGCAAAUUCACGGGCAACUUCUUCUACGACUACAUGAUGGGCAUCGAGUUCAACCCCCGCAUUGGAAAAUGGUUCGACUUCAAGCUGUUCUUCAAUGGGCGCCCGGGGAUUGUGGCCUGGACCCUAAUUAACUUGUCCUACGCGGCCAAACAGCAAGAGCUCUAUGGGCAGGUCACCAACUCCAUGAUUCUGGUCAAUGUUCUCCAGGCAAUCUACGUGGUGGACUUUUUCUGGAACGAAUCUUGGUACCUGAAGACUAUUGACAUUUGCCACGACCACUUUGGCUGGUAUCUAGGAUGGGGAGAUUGCGUCUGGCUGCCCUACCUUUAUACCCUACAGGGUCUGUAUCUGGUGUACAACCCGGUGGAGCUCUCUACCGCCACCGCCGUCGGAGUCCUUCUGCUCGGUCUGAUUGGCUACUACAUCUUCAGAAUGACCAAUCACCAGAAAGACCUCUUCCGACGCACCAACGGCAACUGCAAGAUCUGGGGGAAGAAGCCCAAAUCCAUCGAAUGUUCCUACACGUCGGCGGACGGCAAGCGCCAUUACAGCAAGCUGAUGAUUUCGGGGUUCUGGGGGGUGGCCAGGCAUUUAAACUACACCGGGGAUUUAAUGGGGUCCCUGGCCUAUUGCCUGGCCUGUGGCUUCGACCACCUACUGCCCUACUUCUACUUCACCUACAUGACCAUCUUGUUGGUCCAUCGCUGUAUACGGGACGAGCACCGCUGCUCCAGCAAAUACGGGAAGGACUGGAAGCUCUACACCGACGCCGUGCCCUACCGGCUGCUCCCCGGACUCUUCUAAUGGGGCCCAAUAACAUUUCAAGAAAUAUCAAAUCAGAGAUUUUAGUGAGGACUCCGAGGACUGAGAAACAUUCUGAAACCAUGGAUUUUUAAACUUUUUAGGCCUUAAAACUUGAACGUGGUUCGUGGAUUUUACCGCAAGUCCCGCCUUUUCUACAGCGCCGGCCCCUCCUCUGAAUAAAGAGAAUUCUUUUAA